AAUUGUUUUGCGGCUCCGUGUGAUCGAUAAGUAAGAUGCAUUUUGCUGAAUGCAAUCACUGAAUGAAUCAGUUGGGAACGAGACAGAUGCGAAAACAGUGGCUACCACAUACUUUUUAGAAUUAUGUUUUACCGUUUUAUUUGCAAUGGGCACGCUUUACAGAUUUGUCUGCAAUCAUAGUGUUUUCCCAUCCAGUUGUGAUAAAUGAAGACAAAAAAUGAAAUAUCCACAAUGAAACGUCGCUCGCUAGCCGGAAAUUGUGGAGUGGGUGUGUUCGUGAUAGCACUGGUGACGGUGCUGGUUGCCUUUGCGACGCCAAGCUGGCUGGUCAGCGACUACCGGAUCACCGGAUCCAAGCUGGACCGGUUGGGACUGUGGACACACUGCUUCCGAUCGUUGCCGGACGUGAACGAUGACUACCAGCGGAGGUUCUUCGUUGGUUGCCGCUGGGUGUACGAUCCGUUCACCAAGGGCUAUGAUGAGAUACGAGGAUUUUUGAUACCACCAUUCAUGGUCGCAACUCAAUUCUUCUACACUCUGUGCACGAUCGGGGUGCUACUGUCGCUGAUCUUGGUUUUGGUGUUUUUCCUAUGCGCCGGCCCGGACCAGAAGUUCUUCGUCAAGCUGAUACGGACCAUCGCAUACAUCACACUGGCAGCGGGUAUCUGCGGUGGUAUCGGGGUCAUUGUUUUCGCCGUCUUCGGCAACAAUGACAAGUGGAUGCCGCAGCAUGCCAACAACUGGUUCGGAUGGUCCUUCAUCCUGGGGUGCAUUGGUGCCGUCGCCUGCGGGGUGGCGUCUUCUCUGUUUUUCUGCGAGGUCCACGUGCAGGCCCGGAAAAGAAGGCAGCUCAAGGAAUCACAAACGCGGUUCCAGAUCGACAGCGAGUCUAAGGCUUGAAGACGGAAUUUCUUCGCUGGAAUCGAAAAUGUGCUCAUACCGAAAAAAGACGAAUAUUUUUUUCUUUUUGGCAGCAAAAAAAAACGCACAGCAAAACAAAAGCUCACAUUUUAGAGGAAAUCAAAAAGUACAAUCUGGAAAACUGUAACGAUUUUAGAACAUUUUAACCCACGAUGCCUUGAAUCUGUAAAUAAGAAUCACAUAUCGCAGUUUCUCUGUUGAUCUAGUUUUUUUUUACGAGCAAAUUGUCGUACUAAUCGUAACACGAAGCCGUCCGUAUCUGUAAUCUCUACAUUUAGAAGAGUUUCUUUAGUAGUUUUAGAGUACAAUUGAAGCGCUCGAAUGUAAGUAGUAUUAAGGCCUCCCGUAAACUUACAACACCAUUCCAAACUGAAUCAUUCGUUAACACCGUGGUGUACUAUCCUAAAAUGCCAAAUUAGGACGAUAGAAGCGUGAAGUAAAAAUAACAAUAAAAUAACAAGCAGUAAGUAGUGAAGCGUUUCAAUCGUCUAACGCAAAUUUCGCAGAGUUUCGUUUAAGUUUACAUUUGUUUUCCACUUCCACUAAUCGAAAAUCCUUUCCACUUUGGGAAGGAAUAAUCUUAAUGCUGCCUUGUAUAAGAUAACGAAUAGAACUUUAAGCAAACGCGAGGUGCCCUCUCCGGCAAUGAAUAAAAUUAGAAUGAAAUUGAUUGGCUCACAUUUCAAGGAAUCUCUUUUAUGUUUUUUCUCGGGUAGUCGGUACGUACCCUUUUUAGCGCUUAUGAUAGAUAAGACGAGAUUUAAAUAAGGAACAAUAAAGGUUUUUUAGAAAUAUCAUAA